AUGAAUACCUCAAAAACACCUUCUAAAGUUCAAAUUACUUUUUACCAUGAUGAAAAUAAUGUUUCAGCUUCUCGUAGAAGUAACAAACGUACCCUCGGUGACGAAAAGGAAAUAACGCCUCUUAAUAUGUUGUCAAAUGCGCGUAUUCGUAGCCCUUCACAAGCCAGAACUUCGAAUAUCCUUCGUAAUACUCCUGGUAAACCUUUUGGUAAUAAGGAGAAUUUGACACCUUAUUUUUCACAACAAUUCGAGAGUAACAAAAAGUCAAGUACUACCAAGGAUUCACAGAUAAAUUUGAGGAGUUCUAUUAACGGGUCUCAAAUCGCUUACAAUGAGAAUGAGAUGAUUUCACCAAUGAAAAGAAUCAAGUAUGAAUCCGGUCAUAUUAUAAAUGUCGAUGCAUAUAAGUACAGAAUCGAAAAACUUGAAGCCGAAUUGAGGAGACAAAUAGAUGAAAAUCAGAAAUUGAGAGAAGAAAGUCAGAAAUCUUGUCAGGAAGCGGAAAAGAUAUUUGAAAGAACUAAAUAUAUGGCUCUAGGUUACAAAAACGACUUAUAUGGGCCAGUUUACUUCGAUGGUGACUACACGUCUAUCAACAAAUUAUUGAGACGAUUGAUCAAAGUUAUAGGUCAAGAAGUUGUUAACAGAUUCAAGGAAGAAACUUUGGUUGAUGGUGAAUUACCUGCGCUUAAUCAGACCUAUGGAUGGCUUGAAGAAUCAGGAUUCUUGAAUUAUGAAGUUCUUAAAGAAUUUCGUGCCGUGGAGGCGGUCACAUCAUUAGAUCUGACCUAUACCUUCGAAAAUAUGAGGCGUGAUAUCAUCAAUAAGACAUUCGUUAUUGAUGAUAGCUUGGAACUUCACAUUAUACAAAAUACUAAUCGAUUGUUGUCCGUGUUUGGCUUGCCAAAUAGCUUCCAAUACUUAAAAUCUUUGAAGUUGAGCUUCAUGCCGAUUGAAGAUUCUUAUUUUAACAACCUUCGAGGACUUAAAAAUUUGGAUGAAUUGGUCAUUGAAAGUGCCGGAAUUGGGAAUGAAGCAUUGUCUCAUCUCGUAUCGCUAAAAAGUAAUUUGACCUUUUUGAAUAUAACUGGAAAUAAGAAGAUUAAUGAUGAUUCCAUGUUUCUUCUCGUCCUUUUUGAAAAAUUGGUAGUGUUGCUUCUAAAUGAAACUUCUGUUUCCAUGGAUGGAAUUCGUAAAUUUGUUUCCGAGACACACAGCAUUGAGCUAUCACAAUUAUCUAUUCCUUCAUUAUGUCGCAAAUAUCUUAAUAGACGAAAUGAAAUCUAUUGUGUUGAACAUAAAGAAGGAAUGAAAGUUGAUCCAUCCAAAGUUCAAUUCAUGAGCCUUUUAGAGAUUCGAAAACAAUUAAUGUUCCAUUACACGGUAAAUAAUCGUAUCAACAUCGUCGGUCGUAAAGAGGAAUUAGAGAAAACUUUGAUAGAGAUUUUAACACGACGAAAUUAUGAUGCAAAGGUUAUGUUGUUGGCUGGUGGACGUUGA